AUGCAUUCAGAGGAAACGAUUACAGUGGAUUUCGUCGGUGAAUGUCGACCUUCUGAAGAGCAAGAUCGUGAAAGUGCGAUGAAUGAGGAUUAUUGUGACGCAGAAGAUGUAGUUGCAGACGCAAAUCGAUACCGUAAGAGUACAGUAACGUUCCGUCACGAAGCCCAUCCCGAGCAGCAAUAUAACCAUCAACAUGUGCAGCAAUCUGAUCUCUGUUCACCUGUUAGAUUCAGGAUAUGA